UUCAUCAGAGCAAGAGCCUAGCAAGACAGAUCUCCAUAAUGCUGCCCCCCAUGCUGGUCCUUCUUGGGUUCCUCAGCUUGCAGGUUCUAGCAUCUGAUCGGAUCCCCCCUGGACAGAAAUACGAGGUCGUCUUGCCACGUAAACUUCAUACUCAGCACAAAAGAGAUACACAGAGUAAGCAUCCCGACCUGGUACAGUAUGGACUAGAACUGGAAGGACAACCCUUUGUUCUACACCUUGAAAAAACAGAGGGCCUGAUAUCCGAGAAUUAUACAGAGACGAGUUACCUGCCAGAUGGCACGCCAGUCACGAACAGCCCUCGGCUCCAGGAUCACUGCUACUACCACGGACACGUGAAGAACGACAGCGAUUCAGCGGCCAGCAUUAGUACAUGCAGCGGAUUAAGUGGGGUUAUUGUGACACGCGGCCGGCGGUUCUUGAUCGAGCCUUUGAAGUUGACAGACACGGAAGAACAUGCCGUGUUCCAGACUCCAGAAGAGCCCCCCAAAACCUGCGGAGUGACCAACACCACCUGGUUGGAGGGAAAGUCUUUCAAGUCAUCCCGUAGCAGCAGUGCCGAGAAAGAAGCAUUCUUUAAUUCACAGAAAUAUGUGCAACUUUACGUAGUGGCAGAUACCACCAUGUUUGCGAAAUACAACCGCAGUGCAGAAUCUGUUAAAAAGAGAAUCUUUGAAAUUGUUAAUUACGUCAACUUGGUGUAUAAGGCCAUAAAUACCUUUUUGGCUCUCACUGGGGUGGAAAUCUGGGAGAAAAGUGACCAGUUUGAAGUUGUCUCCUCACCAUCGAUAAAUCUCAAUAGGUUUUCUUCCUGGAGGAAAGAACGGCUCUUGCCGAGGAUAGUACAUGACAAUGCCCAGUUUAUCACGAAUACAGACUUUGAUGGUGCUACGGUUGGACUGGCAUACGUGGGCAGCAUGUGCAGCGAAACUCAUUCCACGGGGGUUAUCCAGGAUCACAGUAAGCCACCUAUCUCAGUAGGGGCUACGGUGGCGCAUGAGAUGGGACACAACCUGGGGAUGAAUCAUGAUAGCAGCUCCUGCACCUGUGACGCUGAAUCCUGCAUCAUGUCAGCCAGCCUCAGUUAUAAAACUCCGAAGUUCUUUAGUAGCUGCAGCCACCAGAACUUCAAAGACUUUAUCUACGAUAAAAUGCCACAGUGUAUGAAGAUCUCUCCCCUGAAAACGCAUAUCCAGACACCGCCAGUGUGUGGCAAUAGGUUUACGGAGCUGGGGGAAGACUGUGACUGCGGCACAGAGGAGGAAUGUACCAAUCCUUGCUGUGAUGCCGCCACCUGCAAACUCAAAGCCACAGCUCAGUGUGCGGAAGGAGAAUGCUGUAAAGACUGCCAGAUUAGGAAAGCAGGAGAUGUAUGCAGACCUGCCAAGGAUGACUGUGACCUGGCGGAUAUGUGUGACGGGAAGUCUGCCUUCUGUUCCUCUGAUCGUUACCAAGUCAAUGGAUUUUCGUGCAGAAGCGGAGAAGGAAGCUGCUACAACGGGAAGUGUCCCACUCUACAGAGUCAGUGUACUGCGCUGUGGGGAGCAAGUUCUCAGGUGGGAGACACUUCUUGCUUCAAUAUCAAUCAGAGAGGCACUCAAUAUGGGUGCUGUUCGAAGUCUGAGAACACAUACGUUCCAUGUGCAGCCAAAGAUGUCAAAUGCGGGCUUCUCUUUUGUUCUGGUGGUGCUGAUUAUCCCAGCGUUAUUGGUCCUUAUUUUAUGUUUCCAAACUGCAAAGGGAUUCCAUAUCCAUUUGGAAUGGUUGAGAACGGAACAAAGUGUGGAGAUGGAAUGGUCUGUUACAGCGGGAAAUGCGUUACCACUGAAAGUGCAUUCAAAUCAACAGACUGCUCAUCCAAGUGCCCAGGACAUGCGGUUUGUGACCAUGAGCUUCAAUGUCGGUGUCAGGAGGGAUGGGCGCCCCCGACCUGUGACACGGCUUCAAGUACCAAUAUUAUCAUCAUCGUGGUGGUCAUUAUUGCCGUUACUCUUCUUGUUGGUCUUGUGUUAAUGGUGGUGUUCCGCAGACAGUCGCAACGCAGGAAGCAGAGUUGCUCAAAACCUCCUAUAUCUGGCUCGACCAACCCAGCCUUUGGUUCCCAGGUUCAGCAACAACAACAGCCUAUUUCCUACGUAUCUGCACCUGAGACGGGUAUGGACUGGCCCCGACACCUCAGCCCAGAUGUUUACCUAGGUCCCCAAUAUUCUGUGUAUGCUGUGCUGUCCACCAAACUGAUGGGAUUACCAUUUUGGUACCAUGGGAGUACCUUGAUGGCGGUGGACAACGGUUACAUAGUGUUAUUGCGAAUUGGAGGGUACGGUAAUGAGAUAAAACCAGAUGAAGAGGCUAGUAUUACCUUGGAUGGGUGUGUGAGCUAA